UUGGAGACACCGGAAGAGCUCCUGCCUCUCCUCACCCACUCCCUCUCCCGGGGAAAGCAGCCUCUUUUGAUGGUCAGUCGCAACCUGGGCAGGAUGGAGGGACAGAUUCCUUUGCUCUGGGAAAAAGUAACCCUGCGAAUACACCUGCUUGCAGGGGCAGGAUGUGAUGGAACGGCUUGAAGAAGAUCAGUGCCCAAUUUGUGGCAGCCUGUUUGAUGAUCCUGGAGUUUUGCCUUGCUCGCACAACUUUUGCAAAAAAAAAAAAAAAUGCUUAGACGGGAUUGGGAAUGUGCGGAAUUCACUGUGGAGAUCUCCACUCAAGCGCCACUCCUGCCGGAAGGAGACCUCAGCGUCCGGAGUCAAUAGCCUGCGGGUUAAUUACUCCCGGAAGGGUAUUGUGGAGAAGUACAACAAGAUCAGCGUCUCUCCCAAAAUGCCAGUGUGCAAAGCUCACUUGGGGCAGCCUCUCAACAUUUUCUGCCUGACUGAUACGCAGCUGAUCUGUGGAAUCUGUGCUACCCACGGGGGCCACACCAAACAUGUCUUCUGCUCUGUUGAAGAUGCCUAUGCUGAGGAGAGGGCCGCCUUUCAGUCCCUCUUUCAGAGCUUCGAGACCUGGCGUCAGGGAGGUGCUCUUUCUCGCUUGAAUACCUUGAAAACUAACAAAAGGAAAUAUUUACAGGUACUGACUAAAGAUUCAAAUACAGUGAAGGAGUUUUUUGAGAACUUACAAGACUCAUUGGAUCAAAAGAAGAAUGAAAUCCUGGCAGACUUUCAGACUAUGAGACUUGCAGUUAUGCAAGCCUGUGACCCAGAGAUCAACAAACUCAACACCAUCUUGCAGGAGCAACAGACGGUCUCUAACUUGGCUGAAGCCUUCAAAGACGUGUCAGAACCAAUCACAUUUCUGCAACAGAUGCAGGAGUUCAGGGAAAAAAUAAAAGUACUCAAGGAAACUCCUUUACCCCCCUCUAAUUUGCCCAUGAGCCCUUUAAUGAAGAACUUUGAUACCAGUCAGUGGGAAAACAUAAAACUAGUAGAUGUGGAUAAACUUUCUUUGCCUCAAGCCACUGGCACAUCCAUUAGCGAGAUUCCCUGGAGCUUUUACCAGCUAUCUGUGGUAGUCGUUCUCCUUGGUCUUCUCAUUUUCUUCAGUCCUACAAUAUUCCUAGAAUGGUCUUUACUUGAUGAAUUCUCAACCUGGAAAGACCAUAUUUCACACUUCAUAUUGGAUUAAAUUACCUGAUUUUGUAGAGCAAUCAGUUUUUUACUGGGAACAGGUGACA